AUGUUUGGCCUAAAGAGUUCGGGGGGGAGUUAUGAGAAGAUGGCGAGCGAUUACUACCUGGAUCUGGAGAACCCUUUCCUCGCUCAGGUGACUAAACAGAUCCAUGAGCACGAGCAGGAGAGCGAGCUCCGCGAACAGAUGUCGGGCUACAAGCGCAUGAGGCGGCAGCACCAGAAGCAGCUCAUCGCGCUGGAGAACAAGCUGAAGGCCGAGAUGGACGAGCACCGACUCAAACUGCAGAAGGAGGUGGAGACGCAGGCCAACAACGCCUACAUCGAGCUGGAGAAGCUGGCCAAGCGCCACGCCGGCCACUCUGAGAAGGAGAUAAAGACAACAGUGACGGAUGAGAAGAAGUUCCAGCAGCAGAUCGUUGCUCAACAGAAGAAAGAACUGACCACUUUUCUGGAUAAUCAAAAGAGACAUUACAAGCUCUGCAAGGAGAAGAUCAAAGAGGAGAUGAGCGAGGACCACAGCACACCCAAAAAGGAGAAGCAGGAGCGAUUGUCGAAGCACAAGGAGAAUCUUCAGCAUUCCCAGGCAGAGGAGGAGGCCCACCUCCUGGGCCAGCAGAGGGUCUUCUACGAGCGCAACUGCCGCGCAUUCAAGAGGAGAGUCACGGUGAAGAGGCACGAUUCAGAACAAGAGCAGAUCAGAGAGGAGCUGAACAAGAAGAAAGCACAGAAGGAGAUGGAACACGCCAUGCUGAUCCGUCACGACGAGUCCACGCAGGAGCUGGAGCAGAGGCAGCUCCGCACGCUGCAGAAGCUGCGCAUGGACCUGAUCCGGCUCCAGCACCAGACCGAGCUGGAGAACCAGAUCGAGUACAACAACCGCCGUGAGAGAGAGCUGCACCGCAAACACGUGCUGGAGCUCCGGCAACAGCCCAAAAACCUCAAGGCUUUGGAGCUGCAGAUCAAGAAGCAGUUCCAGGACACGUGUAAAGUCCAGACGAAGCAGUACAAGGCUCUCCGCCACCACCAGAUGGAGGUGACGCCCAAAUCCGAGCACAAGACAGUUCUGAAGGCCCUGAAGGACGAGCAGACGCGCAAACUGGCCAUCCUGGCGGAACAGUAUGAGCAGAGCAUCAAUGAGAUGAUGGCCUCUCAGGCGCUGCGUCUGGACGAGGCCCAGGAAGCAGAGUGCCAGGCGCUCCGGCAGCAGCUGCAGCAGGAGAUGGAGCUGCUGAACGCCUACCAGAGCAAGAUCAAGAUGCAGACCGAGGCCCAGCACGAGCGCGAGCAGCACAAGCACGAGCAGAAGGUGUCGCUGCGGCGGGCUCACCUGGAACAAAAGAUUGAAGAGGAGCUGGUUUCCCUUCAGAAGGAGCGGACCGAUCGUAUCAAACACUUGCUGGAGCGUCAGGAGCGUGAGACUGACAGCUUCGACAUGGAGAGCAUGCGGCUGGGCUUCUGUAACCUGGGGGCCCUGGACUUUCCAAAGGAUGAGUACAGAUGA